AUGGGGGGCACCUUGGAGUACCUGUCGGGGCUGCUGGGAGGGACUGGAAACCAUGGCCACGACCACGGGAGCAAGAAGAAGAGGAAGCAGCUGCAGACGGUGGAGCUCAAGGUCAGGAUGGACUGUGAGGGGGGUCGAGUCGGUGGAGAGAUAAACAGGAAGCAGCAGAAGGUGACGGUGGUCGGGUACGUGGAGGCGAGCAAGGUGCUGAAGAAGGCGGAGCUGUGGCCGUACGUUCCCUACAACCUGGUGGCGCAGCCCUACGUGGCCGGCACCUACGACAAGCGCGCCCCGCCCGGGUACGUCCGGAGCGCGGAGCCUGCAGCAGGGUACGUGGCCGGCGGCAGCCAACUGCAGGCCGGCGGCGGCAGGCCGCCGGGCGACCACCUCACCGACAUGUUCAACGACGAGAACCCCAACUCCUGCUCUGUCAUGUGA